UUGCACCUACAAUACAUAAAAAGUGUAGGAUUUCUAUUGCAAAAAUGCCAUUUCAUCUGGUUUCAGCAUGGAACAAGAGGCGGAGAAGCAAGUCCUAUGACACGGAUCUGUGGGUGAAUAGACCAGCAGAGUUCUGGAAAAUAGAAGACCAAGAGCCCCAGCCAACAAGGAAACGGAAACAUGGCUCAUCGGUUUUCACCCUCAAGGAAAUGGAGGAGGCCACAUGUUCCUUCAGUGAUGAGAAUCUGCUUGGAAAAGGAGGCUUUGGUAGAGUUUACAGGGGUACUCUAAAAUCAGGGGAGGUUGUUGCAAUCAAGAAAAUGGAUCUACCACCAUUUAAAGAGGCCGAGGGAGAACGUGAGUUCCGUGUGGAAGUGGAUAUCCUGAGCAGACUCGAUCAUCUGAAUCUGGUCUCGUUAAUAGGGUAUUGUGCAGAUGGAAAGCACCGGUUCCUAGUAUAUGAAUUCAUGCAAAAUGGAAACCUGCAAGAUCACUUGAAUGGGAUCGGGAAAGCAAAGAUGAGCUGGCCUAUACGGCUCAAAAUUGCCCUUGGAGCCGCAAAGGGACUCGCUUAUCUCCAUUCAAGUUCUGCUGUUGGGAUUCCUAUUGUCCAUAGAGAUUUCAAAUCCACCAAUGUUCUACUGGAUUCCAACUUUAAUCCAAAGAUAUCCGACUUCGGACUAGCAAAAUUAAUGCCAGAAGGGAAGGAGACUUAUGUCACUGCAAGAGUUCUAGGAACAUUUGGCUACUUUGACCCAGAAUACACAUCGACAGGUAAACUUACUCUACAGAGUGAUGUUUAUGCAUUUGGAGUUGUACUGCUAGAGCUACUUACCGGCCGAAGAGCGCGUUUAUCAAGAAGUAACUACCGGAAUAAACUAAUUCUUUUUUUCUAUAUGUAUCAGGUUAGGAAUAUACUGAAUGACCGGAAGAAACUGAGGAAGGUUAUAGAUCCAGAACUACCACGGAAUUCAUACAACAUGGAAGCUGUAGCUAUGUUUGCUGACCUAGCAUCUCGCUGCAUUCGUAUUGAAAGCAGUGAGCGACCCUCGAUGAUGGAUUGUAUAAAGGAAUUGCAACUAGCAAUUAUCUGCUCAAACUCUAAGAGUGGUUUGGGUGGGACGAUUCCUACAUUCAGACGGCACUAGAAAAAGCAAAGUUCUUCACAUACAUUGAUAUGGAUCGUAUCUUUUUCCAACAUGAUAGCUUAAACAUACAAGUUCAAUAAAUAUGAACAGGGCAAUCUUAAUUAUAAAAAAAGAGACAUUUGAUUGGCUGCCAGCUGUUAAACUUUAUCAAACGGAUUUAUAUUUGAAUGUAUAAAAUAGUGAUGUAUGAGUCAAACAACACAGUUCAUUCUAUGGUUUUUGCUGUAUUUCUUCAAAGAUUGUUUUGCUUGAAGAGAAGUGUGUAUACAAAUUUGAUGUAUUUCAGACAAUGGAACCCUUCCCUCUGUUCUUUUGUUCUAUUCUACUCCUUCAAGAUUCAAUCAGAAAUAUACGAAUAAGCAAGAGAAUCGCAACCAAUAAAAUUGGAGCAGAAAACAAAAGCUAAAGCUUCCAUUUAAACUAUGGUUUGGUGAAGAUCAGAA